AUGGCAGCUGAUAAGAAAGUUAUGCUGGCUCUCGCCGGCGCCGGCGCCAUCGGCGCCGCCAUUUACGCUACACGCAGCACCACACGUCCCGCCACCGUCCAAUCGCCGUCGACAACGCUGCCCGACAAUAAAGCCCGCGACAUGAGAGACAUGGGCCUUUCGGGGGCAGGCAUCGGAGGCACGGCCGUCGCCGGCGGCAACGAGAGGUCCAUCGACCCCAGCCAGGAACGCAAAGUCCAGACGACGGCCUCUUCGCGCGACAAGCUCCCCUCGGGCGGCGUGGGAGGUGGCGUCGGCGCCGGCGGCAUGAAUGCUCGCACCGUCGAGCUGCCUAUGCCGAAAUCAUCAUCUAGUUCAAUCGGCGGAAAGCCGAGCUCAGAAGUGAGCUGA